AUGGAGCCCAAGGACAUUGUGUGCUGGGAGUCUCCUCCCUCCCUUCCUGCUCUAUCAGCUCCACCUGCUGCACCGCCUGGUCUUUCCGACACCACCCGGUGCCCCAGAAGCUGUUCCCCAGUGCUUCCUGACCCUGCUGGCCCUCAGGUCACUUCUGUUGCACUGCCUGACCCUUUGGCGCCACCUACUGACCAGAGGCUGUCCCUGCUGCUCCCCCCGACCCUGCGGUGCCACCUACUGCCCCGGAGGACGUCCCUGUCCUGCCCCCCAGCCCUCCAGCACCACCUGUGUCCCCGGAAGUUGCCCCAGCUGUGCCACUUGAUGGGGGCUGCCCCCCCUGCUGAGUGCCUAGUGGGAGAGGGGCGCUUACAUGCAGUCCAAUUCUCUCCUCAUGAUGAGCCACAGGCAUUCCAGUCAAACCCUGUAUUAUUAUGUAUCCUGGCUACUUUUGCUGUCGUCACUCUUGCAUGGUACAUAAGAGACUCAUUGAAAGUCGAUAGUAUCACUGAGAAAUUUGUCCUGGUGACGGGAUGCGACAGCGGAUUUGGGAACUUGCUUGCCCAUCAGCUGGACCAAAAAGGUUUCCACGUGAUAGCUACCUGUUUAACGGAGAAAGGAUGCAUGGAUCUAAAGGCAGAGACUUCGUGGAGAUUGAAGGCAGUGCUGCUGAACGUGACGGACAGCUCGAGCAUCGACAGCACGGUGCAAUUUGUGCACAAUGAAACUGGGAGCUGUGGUCUGUGGGGCCUUGUCAACAACGCUGGCCGGUCCAUUCCAGUUGGGCCCUCAGAGUGGAUGCAGAUGGAGGAUUUUAGGAAUAUUCUAAAUGUCAACCUGUUUGGGCUAAUUGAGUUGACUCUCAAGCUCCUCCCAUUGCUGAAGAAGGCGCGGGGAAGAGUCGUCAACGUUUCCAGUGUGAUGGGGAGGCUGGUGCUGACUGGGGGUGGCUACUGUGUGUCCAAGUGGGCUGUGGAGUCAUUCUCAGAUAGUCUGAGAAGGGACAUGAGGCACUUUGGUGUGAAAGUCAGCAUCAUUGAACCAGGCUUCUUCAAGACAGCCGUGACAAACGUGAACCUUAUAGAUGCUGACCUGAGGAGAUUGUGGGACCAGCUUCACAUAGACGUCAAGGAAACCUAUGGGGAGAAGUAUUUGCAGAACUCUCAAAGCUUUGCCAUGAGUCUCCUGUGCAGUAAGGACAUCUCCAAAGUGACGCACUGCAUGGAGCACGCCCUGACCGCGCGACACCCCCGCAGCCGUUACACUGCAGGCUGGGAUGCCAGACUUAUCUGGCUCCCCAUAUCCUACCUCCCCUCUUUCAUGGCUGACUUUAUCGUUUGUGCUUUGUUUCCCGUACCCAAAGAGGACCGGGUGGCUUGUCUAAAUCAGGUGGAUGUUACAAACCCAUAA